UUCUCCAGUUACUCUUAGGAAAAAGUCUUGUCACUAAUUUGCCGUUUGCGUGCGCGCCACUUUCAUCUCAUCAUUUUUUAUUAGUCCCUCCCCUUGCCACUGUCACAGGCAAAAAUGGCUGAGCAAACUUCUGACCAUACUACUCCCCUCCUCCGCCGCAGCUGGUGGCGCAGCCACCUUUCCACCCUUCCAUUCACCACUUCACUGCGUCUCAAAACCUCCCUCCUCUCUGAACUCGGUGGCUCCGUCGGCGACUUAGGCACUUACAUCCCUAUUGUUCUAACACUAACCUUAGUCUCCCAUCUCGACCUCAGCACUACCCUUAUCUUCACUGCAUUCUACAACAUCAUCACCGGCGCUCUCUUCGGAAUUCCGAUGCCUGUUCAACCCAUGAAGUCCAUUGCUGCCGUCGCCGUCUCUGAAAUACCUCACCUCACUGUUCCUCAAAUCGCCGCCGCUGGUAUCUGCACCGCCUCCACCCUUUUCUUCCUCGGAGCCACCGGGCUCAUGUCCUUCUUCUACCGCUUCAUCCCUCUCCCCGUCGUUCGCGGCGUUCAGCUCUCUCAAGGACUCGCUUUUGCCUUCUCUGCUAUUAAAUACAUACGCUAUGAUCAAGACUUUGCGGCCACUACUAAAGCCAGCAGUACAAUCCCACGUCCGUGGCUUGGACUUGACGGCCUUAUUUUGGCUCUCAGUGCUGUCUCUUUUCUUAUACUAGUCACCGGCUCCGGUGAAGUUGUUGAGGACGACGACGAAGACAGGAUUAUUGUAACCAAUGACUGUAAUCAACCCAGAGUUCGGCGCAGAUUACGUACACUAUCAGCAAUUCCAGCAGCUCUUAUUGUGUUUUUACUGGGGUUAAUCUUAUGUUUCGUGCGUGACCCUUCAAUUAUUGGUGAUAUUAAAUUUGGCCCCUCAAAGAUUCAUGUUUUGAAAAUCACGUGGGAAGACUGGAAAACCGGAUUUUUAAGGGGCGCGAUUCCCCAGAUUCCGUUAUCCGUUUUGAAUUCGGUGAUUGCAGUGUGUAAAUUGUCAACUGAUUUGUUCCCAGAAAAGGAAGUGUCAGCUACAAGAGUCUCAGUGAGUGUUGGGUUAAUGAAUUUGGUGGGCUGUUGGUUUGGAGCAAUGCCGUGUUGCCACGGGGCAGGAGGAUUAGCUGGGCAGUACAGAUUUGGUGGGAGGAGUGGGGCCUCAGUGGCGUUUCUUGGGUUGGGGAAAUUGGUUCUUGGAUUGGUAUUUGGGAGCUCAUUUGUGAGGAUUUUGGGUCAGUUUCCUAUUGGGAUACUUGGGGUGCUUCUGUUGUUUGCUGGAAUUGAAUUGGCCAUGGCUUCAAGGGAUAUGAAUUCAAAGGAAGAAUCUUUUGUCAUGUUGGUUUGUGCGGCUGUUUCAUUGACGGGGUCAAGUGCUGCACUGGGAUUUGGGUGUGGUAUUGUGCUGUUUUUGCUGUUGAAGUUGAGGCAUUUGGACAGCUUUGGUAGCCGCUUUGGGAGAUCGAAUUCCAGGUCAAACAAUGAUGAAACUAGUCUCAAUCAGUCUGCUUACCUCGCACAUUUUCACUCACUCGGCAAAAUAUCCAUUCUCUAAGCAUGAACAGGCUUAUGGUCCUCUGAUUUAGAAAGGAACUGCAUGGACCAGUGGAACCGGUAUCAUGGGUACAGUAAAUCGAACUUAUUAUCUGUUUACGUGGUUUCUUCUAUUUGCAUACUUCUCUUGAGCCGAGGGUCUAUCGGAAACAACAUCUCUACCUUCACAAGGUAGGAGUAAGGUGUACACACUAUCCUCUCCAGAUUACACUGUGGUUGUUAUUGUUUAUACUAACACAGAGGCAGUUAUGACUGAUAAUGCUGAUUACUGAUGCAGAAAAUGAUCCACAGAUUUUCAACCAUUGGAGAUAAUAGAAACUUAACCCUCCCUACUUUUAUCUAGUGAGUUAUCUUUCCAUGUCAAAGCUCUUCAGAUGCCAUGUGGGAUAAAAUAUUUCCCAAACAUAAAUCAUAGUGGAGAUUGUCUCGUUGGGUCACUUGUCAGACAUCAUCGGCCAUAUCAGAGAGAAUAUAUCUGUCAGGAAGAUAAUAAAGUUCAUCCUUUACUUCUUUCCUGUUGUCUGGUUGUAAAUUUGAUAUUUCAGCACACUUGCACUUCACUGAGAAGUAUUUCAGUCAGGUAACUGAAAUCUUCUUCGAGUAGCACAAAGCUGAAACAUAGAUUGCUUGAUAGAAGGGAAGGUAGAUUGAUCCAAGAGUUAUCAGGUGUUUGAUGAUUCCUACUUCGGGCGUAUCUAUUGCCACUCAGCUGAAUCCUGGAGAUCCAUUUCUGUUUCAGUCCAACCAACUUAGAAAAACUAUUUAAUUGAAUACAGAGACAACUCCAGGGAGGUCAUUUUUAUCCUGAACUUUGAGCUACUACACCUACAUUUGUACUUUAUCUUCAGCAACCUGUUUAUCGAGCCAACUCUAUUAUGCAGAGAACAAGGUGGAUGAACUCCUCUCAUUUCCUCGAUUAUGUAGACUGUUCGGUUUUUGGUCAUGUAAACCCUUUGGGUCAAGUAUAUAUGCAUCCUUUUCGCGUGCAGGUA